UGACGCCAUCUCUCGGCGCCGAGGGCCACUGGACUUGCGGUGGGCUCCGGGCGCUGUGGGUCGGGUGCGCUUUGGUUCGGAGGGCGGAAGUGCAUGCGGGGCUCGCUCUGACCCCGCUGGCGGCGAUUUGUGCGGCUGCGCAGCCUUGGGAGUUCUGCUUUUGCGGCUCUGCAGAACAGAGUGAGUCAGGCAGGCAGAGCCCGACUGAGCGUCUUCCCCGCGGUGGGAAGCCGGAGCAGAGCGGGCACUUCGGGUAGGGCUCCUGUGUGUCCGGGGCGCGAAUUUUAACUUUGGUUGAAGAAAGAACUUAGCGUAUAUGUACUGCUCUACUCACUGGAAGAAUGACAGAUGACAAAGAUGUGCUUCGAGAUGUGUGGUUUGGACGAAUUCCAACUUGCUUUACGUUGUAUCAGGAUGAGAUAACUGAAAGGGAAGCAGAACCGUAUUAUUUGCUUUUGCCCAGAGUCAGUUAUCUGACGUUGGUAACUGAUAAAGUGAAAAAGCACUUUCAAAAGGCUAUGAGACAAGAAGAUGUCAGUGAGAUAUGGUUUGAAUAUGAAGGCACACCCCUGAAAUGGCAUUAUCCAAUUGGUUUACUAUUUGAUCUUCUUGCAUCAAGUUCAGCUCUUCCUUGGAACAUCACAGUACAUUUCAAGAGUUUUCCAGAAAAGGACCUUCUCCACUGUCCAUCCAAGGAUGCAGUCGAAGCUCAUUUUAUGUCGUGUAUGAAAGAAGCUGACGCUUUAAAACAUAAAAGUCAAGUCAUCAAUGAAAUGCAGAAGAAAGACCACAAGCAGCUCUGGAUGGGACUGCAGAAUGACAGAUUUGACCAGUUUUGGGCCAUCAACCGGAAACUCAUGGAAUAUCCUCCAGAAGAAAAUGGAUUUCGUUAUAUCCCUUUUAGAAUAUAUCAGACUACAACUGAACGACCUUUCAUUCAGAAGCUCUUCCGUCCUGUGGCCGCAGAUGGACAGCUGCAUACACUUGGAGAUCUCCUCAAAGAAGUCUGUCCUUCCGCACUCACCCCUGAAGAUGGAGAAAAAAAGAACCAAGUAAUGAUUCACGGAAUUGAACCAAUGCUGGAAACCCCUCUACAGUGGCUGAGUGAGCAUCUGAGCUACCCAGAUAACUUUCUCCAUAUUAGCAUUGUCCCCCAACCAACAGAUUGAAGGAGCAGCUCCUCGCUGGAUGGAAUCACCUUGAGUCAGCAUGUCACCCUCGCUUCAGUAAGGUUCCGUGGAGGCUGCAGAAACACGUGGCUGCCUGCAAGGCUAGGAGAAAGAAGAUUCCAUGAGAGAUAGGGCAGCCGGGCAGGUCUGACUGGGCACCACCACUGCUUUGCUCCACUGCCGUCAUUAAACCUCAGCUGAGACAUGACAGGACCACUGGAGCUCUUGUCUUCUCAUGAAAUACAAUGCAGCCGAAGCCUUUGCUCUAGGAAAAAAAAUGGAAACGUGCCACAGUUCAUACUUCUGAUUAACAAAUAAGCGGGGUAUUUCCUAAGGUGACCAUGGCUGAACCUUAGUCAAGAAAGUGGAAACAUUGGUUGAAUUUUCGAGAGAAUUAGACUUGAGAAAGUAAAAGAGAAAUUCUGUUAUCAAUAAUUUGCAGUAAUUUUUUUGUAAAAGAUCAAAUUACAGUAAACCCAUCUUUCCUUAAUGAGAAUUUCCUGUUUACAGUCAGUCUAUUGGUAUGCAAACAAUCUUGUAACUUUGAUAAUGAACAGUGAGAGAUUUUUAAAUAAAGCCUCUAACUAUGUUUUGUCAUUUAAA